AUGGAUCUACCACACAAGGACUCCUCAGAACUUCACCUCGUGGUGGCCACACCUGAAGAGCUUUUACAGCAACAGCAUGACAACAGUGGAGAAUGGAAAGGUGCUUUGAGUCUGGAGGCAUACCUUCGCCGAGAGAAAUUCCUACUCCAGCAACAAUUGACCAAGGAUGGUGGCCUCACGCCCUGGAUGCUGGUCUACCAACCACAAAAGGGACCAAGACAAGUACUCUGUGGCUGUGAAAGCAUCAAGAAGAAAGCUUUAAUCGCUCGCAAUGGCCAAGUCGAGGAGACGAUCGUCCACGGUGUUGCUAGCGUCUUCUGUCCCCCUAAAUACCGAGGUCGAGGUUAUGCCGGGCGCAUGAUGCAUGAUGUGGCGAAGAGGCUCAAGACGUGGCAGGUAGACGAAGGCCAGAUCUCGGGAUUCAGUAUCUUGUAUUCGGACAUCGGAAAGGACAUUUAUGCUGCUCGUGGGUGGCAGCCGUUUCCUUCUCUUCAUGUCACACUUCCGGCCAAAGCAACGGCACCGUCGAGCUCAAUACGUAAGCUUGAGACCACAGAUCUCACGGAGCUUUGUCGAAAGGAUGAGCAGCUGCUCAGGAAGCGUCUGCAAAGUCACAAACUCUCUGGUCGGACAGCAGUAGCAUUACUACCCGACUUCCGAACUCUACAAUGGCACAAUGCUCGAGAGGACUUCGUAGCCAGAGAACUCUACAGCAACAACGUCCGGGUCAUGGAAGGCGGCCGAGGUGCGACUGUCACCCUGGAGGAUGGCCACCAAGCAUCUUGCUAUUGGACCAGAGUAUGGACCAACCCCCAAGAAGAAGCGCCUAAUACCCUCCAAAUCCUCCGCCUCAUCAUCGAGGGUGAAGGUGGAGACGAGUAUGACUUCGGUCCUGCCACGGACGAGGGCGUGGCGAAGAUGAAGAACCAGCCGCUCGUAAACGCUGUAUCGGUCUUGUUCGCCGCAGCACAAAAUGCUGCGCAUGCUGCUGGUAUGGACGAAGUACAGAUCUGGAACCCAACAUCGAUCACUCUCGCAGCAGUCAAAUUGCUCUGUACAAAUGCCGCGGUAGUGACGCGAGAGAAGGAGAGCAUCACGAGUCUACAAUGGUACGGCGAAGGAUCCUGGCAAGAUAUCGACUGGAUCUGCAACGAGAAAUAUGCUUGGUGUUGA